GCCAGCCGCCCCUGCUGGCGUCACCAGGCCGAGGCAGCCCCAUGGAGGCCAUCCAGGCUUCCUUCCAGAAGGUGGAGAAGAUUGGGGAGGGCACCUAUGGCGUGGUGUACAAGGCUCGCAAUAAGCGCACGGGACAGCUGGUGGCCCUCAAGAAGAUCCGCCUGGAUGCGGAGUCAGAGGGUGUCCCCAGCACUGCGAUCCGAGAAAUCUCGCUGCUGAAGGAGCUGAAGCACCCUAACAUAGUCAGGCUCCUGGAUGUCAUACACAGCCAGAAGAAGCUCUAUAUGGUGUUUGAGUAUCUGAAUCAGGACCUGAAGAAGUACAUGGACUCAUGCCAAGCUGGAGAGCUUCCUUUAAGCUUGGUCAAGAACUACCUUUUCCAGCUGCUGCAGGGUGUGAGCUUCUGCCACUCGCACAGAGUCAUCCACAGGGACUUGAAGCCGCAGAACUUGCUCAUUAACGAAGCAGGAGCAAUCAAGCUGGCUGAUUUUGGACUGGCAAGAGCUUUUGGGGUCCCCCUACGCACAUACACUCAUGAGGUGGUGACUCUGUGGUACCGAGCUCCUGAAAUACUGCUGGGAUGCAGAUACUACUCGACCCCUGUGGAUAUCUGGAGCAUCGGCUGCAUCUUUGCAGAAAUGAUGACCAGGAAGGCCCUGUUUCCAGGGGACUCUGAGAUCGAUCAGCUCUUCCAGAUCUUUCGCACCCUGGGCACUCCCACCGAGGUGACCUGGCCUGGGGUGACCCAGCUCCCUGACUACAAGGGCAGCUUUCCCCGGUGGCCAAGGAAGGAGAUGAAGGACAUUGUCCCAAACUUAGAUCGAGAUGGGAGAGACUUACUGACGCAAUUGCUCCUGUAUGAUCCCAGCAAGCGCAUCUCAGCCAAAGCAGCCCUCAACCACCAGUACUUCCUCUGCAGAAACUCUGGGAGCCCUGAGCAGCGACCUGUGCUGCGGAGAGACUGCAGAUGAGAAGACACGGCUCUCCCCAAGCUCUUGCUGCUCCAGGUAGCACUGCAGAUGUGGUCUGGGGCACUUAGCAGGGGCCUGGCUGGAACCCAGGGGCUUGCUUCUCCUCAGGAGCUUGGAAGGGGAGAUUCUUGGCAUUUAGAGACUUUCAAUCUGUUGCUGGGGGAAAGUUUGGGUUACAGCCAGGAAAGCUGUUUUGAAAAGGCCAUGUGCAAUUUUCAGCAUAAACCACUGAAAUAUAGAGAAGAGAGCAUCUCUCGGAGGUUUGUCCUUCCACUAGUGAUUUAAGGUGACACACAUUGAUUUCUAUCUCCAGCACUGGAGCAUCCCCAGGUCUGUUGGUGGCAGUUGCUGGCACCAGGGAAGGGGGGCACUUCUCUGCUCAGCCCUUUGCUGCUGUUAUCAGCCAGGCUUCUCAGCAUUAGACAGGCUGUUUAGUCUUGGCUGUUUAACAGAGCUGACAUCCUGCUCUUUCACAAGCUGAAGAGCACUGUCAGGUGUCUUAGUUUGUGCCUUAGCUGGGACCAAGAGGCCAAAAGAUCCAAUUAGCAUAAAGCAGAUCCAGUCAGGAUAAAGCACUUACUGCAUAUGACUGUAAACAGGGAGCAGCUAGACCAUCACUCUGUCAUCAUUCCAGAUGUAAUGCUGUUCUCUUUGCUUUAUUGUCUUGGAAAUGUUUUUGCUGUUCAAAUGUUUGGGGGAAUGUCUCUGACUCUUGGUGUGAUGUUGACAUCUUAA